GGGUUCUUAGUAUGGUUUGUCGUGACCUUGGUCAGCUACCAUUGAGGAAAUUGUCACUAGAUAGAGCUGAAAAGCUUAACAGCUACUAUUCAAGGAAAUUGUCACUAGAUAAUAAGGACAUUUUUACAAAUAGAAACAUCAGUUAGUUGCAUUAUUUUAUAAGUGUUAUAUAAAUAUAUAUAAUACGAGACAUGGACCAUGGCCGAUAUUUGAAUCAAAUAACGAGACGAUGAUAGAAUCCUCGGAGAGAUUGAAGUUAGAUGGGCAGAGGACUUACCACAAGCUCUAGAUGUCAUAACAGAUUUGCAAUAAGUGAAUGGACUCAUACCCACGUCGUUACCACGAAUAUUAACUUCUUGCACGAUUGUAACAAAUGUCAUGUUCUCAUCACAUUUUAAAAAUACUUAUUAUUGACUCGAAAUAGUUGUCGAUGAUGAAGGCGCUUGUAAUACUUGGUGUGUUCGCAUGUGCGUUAUCUGUUGGUGCAGACACGGCAUGUAGAAACGCUGGCGGGGACUGCCAAACAACGACCUGUCGAGGAACCUGGAGGAGUGGCCUUUGCAACGGUCCCGCGAAUAGGAGGUGCUGCAUCGACAAAAUAAGUCACUCGGCGGCUAGGUCUAUGCUGUCCCGAGAAGGCAUUGGCAUCAGCUCUAGUGGGAGAUGCUCUAACAGGUACAAUCCACGCUGCACGAGUCUAGAGCAAAUACGACGUAAAACAAUAACAGGCACCAUCAACGAGCUCAAGAGACCAAGCAGGUGCCCAAUGACAGUGACAGGAGGCACCGAGGUGGGGCAUGCAAGGGGAACAUACAGUCAUUGGAACGGAUUUAAGAUCGACCUCGGUUUGAACAGUUGCCUUAACAACUACAUCCGGGCCAAUUUCCCAUUCUACCGCAUGAGAGGACGUUACCGAGUGUACCGGGCCAGGUCCGGGAACGAGUAUUGUCUGGAAGGGAACCACUGGGACAACACAUACUACUAGAAUAUAUCUCCGGGAAUAUCAAUAAUUUGAAGAAUGAUUUAAAGUGAAAUUUGUCUAAUUUUCAAAAUAUAAAUAAAAAAGCCAUCGUAA